GUGCACAACAGUGUUCCCAUAUCACAACCCUCUACGCUUUCUAAAGCCCAGAAUUUUGUUCCCUCUGAAAGUUGUAAUCUUUGAUUACAGAGAUUCAUAAAUGGCAGACAAGCCAAGCCGAGCUCUGGUUCUAUACGGAGAUGGGUUGGCGCGUUUCGUCAAUCCAUCACACACCCAUCUCCAUUCUCUGGCUUCCAAAGCUUCCUGUGGCUUCUUGAGCCUCCCCAAUGCUCCUCCCUCAGAAAGCGAGGAUGAGAGAAUAGUUAGAGAGUUUGCAGUACUGGUGGAUGCAUAUGAAGCCUACACUAAUACAAGUGGAAGUACCACCAAAGAAGAAGGUGGGGAGAAAGCCACCAUUUCCGAAAGAUUCAUGGGGAUGAAAGCUGCUAUAGUUACAAACAAUUCAAAUUUGAAGUCUUUUGGUACCAAACUUGGUUUCAGCGUGUUGCCAAAUGAUGGUUUUAUCAAAAGCAGUGAGGCCCAAGCUGAGCUGCCAGUUGAUACUGUGGCAUCUGAAUUGCUGAAGUUGCUUGGAUUUCAAGAAGGAAAGACAAUGGAGUCGAGCCGGUAUGAUUUAGUGUUUGUGCAUGUUGGGGCUGGUGAGGUGAAUGUUAAGAAUGACAAGGCUAUUGCAGAUGAUGUGGAAUAUCCCAAUGCUUUGAUUGGUGCUAUAAUUAAUAUAGGCAAACCUGGAACUGAAAUGAGUCUCCGUUUGCACUUGUCUGUUGUAAUGAGCUAUGGGGGUACCUCAGAGAAAGAUGAUCCCGACUUGUCGUUUUCAAUCAGUAAAGAUAACUCCAAUCUUUCAAAGCUCGUUCCUCACCAAAGUUAUACGAUGAAAGGAGAGGCUCUGCGGAAGGAUGUCAGGCACCAUUCCCCAAUGUUACUGGCUCAGUGGCAAUAUGCUGUGACCAGGAAGGACAUGGCAGAGACAUUCUCUUUUAAAGAUUUCAAGGAGCAUGGUGGAAAUCUUGUAAUACCGGCAGAUAGAUUUCUGCACGAAGUAGCCUUCAAACUUUGGAAGGCCCCCAAAUAUGGAGCAUGAGAUAAAUUUCUGAAAGUCCAUGGUGUGCAGGUUUCUUCAAUAUAAGCACUGAAGAUAAACCUGGGGCAGAGCUUCUCAUUGCUGACCUAAUAUGCUGUACUAAUGCUUUUCAUAUAGAACUUAACUUUCCCUUACUGUACCAGGCACUUCCCUGUAAUAAGAUUAUAACACAGUACAUGUUUGACAGUGCUAACAAUUUUGGUGGAAUGUGUUAUUUUGAUGUCUA